AUAUUUUUUUUUUUUUUUUUUUUUUUUUUGGCUGAGGAAGAUUCACCCUGAGUUAACAUCUAUGCCAGUCCUCCUCUAUUUUGUAUGUGGGUUGCUGAAACUGUUCACAGGCUAGGUCGAUUGAUCCCCCUGCAAGAUACACUUGAAGGUUAAGUAACUACAGAUCUCGGCUAAUUCCGUAUAAUCUGCUGUUACUAAAUGGCUGUUUAUAUUCCUGGCACACCAGCUUCUGGAUGCUUAGGAUUUUGUUUUUACCUUUUGUUCAAAUAACCUCUGAAGGAGCGAUGCGUCUCUCUGUACUUCUGUGCGUUGUGCUUAGCUUUUUGGAAGGAGUGAGCUGUUCCUGUCCUUCUCAGUGCUCCUGCGAUUAUCUGGGCAGAAACGACGGCUUGGGAUCAAGGUUGGUGCUAUGUAAUGACCUGGAUAUGAAUGAGGUCCCUACGAACUUCCCCGUGGACACGGUGAAGCUUCGCAUAGAGAAGACCGUCAUCCACGGGAUCCCCGCCGAGGCCUUCUACUACCUGGUGGAGCUCCGGUACCUCUGGGUGACUUACAGUUCCGUGGCCAGCCUUGACGCUGGCAGCUUUUACAACCUAAGGCAGCUGCAUGAGUUGCGCUUGGAUGGGAAUUCUCUGGCUGCUUUCCCUUGGGCCUCUCUGCUGGACAUGCCCCAUCUGAGGACCCUGGAUUUGCACAAUAACAGAAUAACCAGUGUGCCACAUGAAGCAGUCAGGUACCUGAAGAACCUCGCCUACUUGGAUUUAUCAAGCAACAGACUAACAACGCUGCCGCCAGAUUUCCUGGAGAGCUGGUCCCACUUAGUUACAUCGUCUAGAAGCCUGGACCUCUCACCAAGAAGAGUUAUUCUUGGUCUGCAGGACAACCCUUGGCUCUGUGACUGUCACAUUUCCAAAAUGAUCGAGUUGUCAAAGGUUGCUGACCCCACUGUAGUGCUUCUGGACCCACUGAUGAUUUGUAGUGAACCCGAGCGCCUGGCAGGGAUUGCUUUUCAGCGGGCUGAGUUGGAGCAGUGUCUGAAGCCAUCGGUGAUGACCUCGGCCACCCAGAUCACGUCCGCCCUGGGCAGUAAUGUGCUGCUGCGGUGCGAUGCCACGGGCUUCCCCACCCCGCAGCUCACGUGGACCAGAGCCGACAGCUUGCCGGCUAACUAUACAGUAAUUCAGGAAUCUCCAGGGGAAGGAGUCAGAUGGUCCAUAAUAAGCUUGACAGGCAUUUCAUACAAGGAUGCUGGGGAUUACAAAUGUAAGGCCAAAAAUUUGGCUGGGAUGUCAGAAGCUGUGGUUACUGUGACAGUGGUGGGUGUUGUCACAACCGCCACAUCAUCAGACACUUCUGAAAGAGGAACUGGAGAUCACCCUGAACAAGAGGUCCAGCCAGAAUCUAGAAGAUCUCCGUCCAUGCCUGGUCCCUCGUCAUCUCCCUGGCCUUCUUCCUCCUCUGCUUCUUCCACUCUUCUUUCUACUUCUGCUUUGUCUCCUCCCUCCAUUGCUUCCUUCUCCUUAUCUCCUUUCUUCUCCUCCAUUGUUUCUUCAACAACAGCUCAAGGCACUGGAAUUUCAGCAAGCACCACCGUGGCUGGCCGGCAGUCACUCCCGCUCUACCCAGGUGGGAAAAGAAAUUUAAAGGUGGAGAUGAGUGGAGGUAAGCUUCCCCCAGCUAGUGCAAGUAAAAAAGAGUUGGCGUUGUUGGAUCGAGCACUGUCUGUGGAGAUGAAUGCCACAGUAGAAAAUCUCAGGGUAGUCAGUGAGACUGAACAGAGUGUGACUUUGGUGUGGGACACCAUCAACACCAUGCCUAACUCUGAGGUGAACGUGUUGUAUUCCAAGUAUGGUGAGGAGGACCUGCUGCUGCUGAAUGCAGACUCCAGCAAGAACCAAGUAACUAUAGAUGGCUUGGAUCCUGGUAAGCAAUACAUAGCAUGUGUCUGUCCAAAAGGAGUGCCUCCCCAGAGAGACCAAUGUGUCACCUUUUCUACUGGUAUGGUGGAAGAAACAGGUGAUUUUCAAGGGUCUGUCCUUAUCGUGGUGAGCGGUACUGCCUGUGUUGUUGUCUUGCCAUUGACUUUUUUCCUGUUGUACAAAGUUUGCAAACUGCAAUGUAAGUCAGACUCCUUCUGGGAAGAGGAUUUGGCAAAAGAGACCUAUAUCCAGUUUGAGACCCUGUCCCCCGGGUCUCAAAGUGUAGGGGAGCUUUGGACGCGAAGGCACAGAGACGAUUCAGAAAAGUUGCUGCUUUGUUCUAGGUCAAGUGUGGAAUCUCAGACGACUUUUAAAAGUGAGGGUUCUAGACCAGACUAUUAUUGCUGAGGUUUGACAGCUCAGGCGCACGUGAACUUCACAGAAUUUCCUCCACGCAAUUAAGGAUCUGCGGGUGUCGUUGACCCUCUGUUUGCGUGACUUUGGGGAAGACUUUCACAUCCUCCAUGAAAAUCACAAAUGGAACACUUUUAAUUGUGUUUAAAAAAAUACCAUGAGACUUCUGAGCUGAAAGGACAAAUAAUUUUGAUUUUUGUUGUAUGGAAGAUGUCCGUAGAAAUAAUUUUUAGAGUAGUGCUUAAUAAGUUAUUAAUAGAUUUUAAGGUAAUGUUUUAGUUCUUAAAAAUAAAUUUAUAUGAAAAUAGUUGUGAAAAAGUGAAGUCUGAAUUUUAAAAAGAUGGUCUUUUGGGCAGUGAAGAAAGAUUAGUGUAACCAGCUGUGCCUUGAUGUUCAUUCGUGUUCAAAGUGCUUUCUGGGACCUGCCGUGGACAUUUGCUGCCGUUGCCUGGUGUGCAAGACGGGGAGGACGCAGAGUUUUGCGUUGACUAAGGUCGAAUCCAGCCCAGUGGAGAGGUGGGGCUCUGGCUCUUGGCACUCUUAGGCACUACAACACUGUGUGGUUGUAUUCAUAUUGCAGUAAGAACAACUUUUCCCUUGUCCUUAGAAAUACAGGUAUUAGCAAAAAUAAGUUUAAAAAGAGGAUCACGGUAAAUAGUAAGGUCAUUUCAACAAAUAGUAACUAUUGCAUUCUAAUACAUUUGCUAACUGACUGUAUGGGUAUUUUUUAAAAAAGGUGCUCA